GACAGCAGACGGCUAUACUCUAGCCUGGCAACACUUGCAUUCGCAUGUUUGCUUGCUGUAGCUGGUGAACGCUCCGUUGUAUCGUCAUUGUUGUUUUAUCAUUAAUUUUAUCUGACUCUUCAUUGUUUGGCGACAGUGAUUUUGUAAUUGGAAAACUCCGGAUUUAAAAAUGGCUCUCGGAAUGGGGAUGUCGUGUGUUAAAUACCUGCUUAUAGCAUUCAACCUGCUGUUUGCGAUCACUGGGCUGAUCAUCUUCAUAGUGGGUAUCAAGGCGGAGAUGCGCCUGUCUCCGUACAUUGACUUCACCGAUGGGCACUUCUGGUCUUCGGCUCCGGUGGUUCAGAUCAUUGUUGGAGUUGUGAUCUUCAUUGUGGCCUUCCUGGGAUGCUGCGGUGCCUUUAAUGAGAACCACUGCAUGAUUAUUACGUUUGCGGUGCUCCUCCUGGCGACGUUCAUCGCCGAGCUGGCCGUCGGCAUCGCCGGGUACGCGAACCACACCAACCUGGAGCAGUCCAUCGUGCGCCACCUCAACGAGAGCCUCAAGGAGUACCCCACCAACAAGGAUGUGCAGCGCAGCUGGGACAUCAUGCAGACUGACCUGUUCUGCUGCGGCGUAUUCGGCCCCAAGGACUGGUCCAACAACACCCUGCCCGUGCCCGACUCCUGCUGCAGCGCCCGCGAGGUCACCAACGGAGCCGCCGCCGCUUGCAACAUGGACUCUGCUGACAUCCACGCUGACGGCUGCCUGCCCAAGAUGCUGGAUAUCUUGAAGGACAAUGCUUAUCUCAUUGGUGGAGUGGGCCUGGGCAUCGCUUUUGUACCGCUGCUCGGAGUGAUCUUCGCUUGCUGCCUCGCUCGCUCCAUCCGUAGUCAGUACGAGACCGUCUAAGCCAGCAUUACUAUUUUGCCCACGUUACCAGUACGAGACCUUUUCAACAUUUUUGCAGUCUCAUUUUUGCGAUUUUAUAAUUCGAAUAAGUAUGGUCUCUCAAAUAUCUUAGCAAUCAUUGUGAUUCUCGUUUUCAAAGGUUAAUUUAAGUUGUCUGUAUAUGUAUGUAAUUAUUUUUUUAAUGUUAUUUUAUUGCCAUAGUUUUAUUUCUUAAAGGUUCUAUUUAUUAAGAGUACAAUAUUAUAAGAUCUCUUGAAAGUAAUCCGUAACUAGGCGGAUGGCUUCUUUCAAUGAUUAUAAUUGAUGAUUACUUUAGAUUGUAUUAAUGUUUGUGUAAAUUUAAGGCCAAAAAUGUGUUUGUGUCGCGUGACUAGCACCCUGCACUCGUAACUUCACAUCAAGACUAAGUGUGCUCAGCGUAGAAGACUGAUUUAUCAAAGGGUUUACACCAAAUUCCGAGAAAAACGAUUCGUCUCAUGUCGCGACGUUUUUAAUCUUUUCGAUUCAAUGUAAUCUUUACUUCUUAGUGUCUAGUAGAAUUGGUGCACACGAAUAUAAGUGUAAUAAUGUAAUUCGAAUAUAUAUUAGAUGAUUGUCAUAUCUAGAUGUGUUUCCAGGUACGUUUAUAAUAAAAUCCUCUUUCAUCUA